AAAUGUCUGUUGUCGAUGAGUUCGAUUACCUGUGCCGUUUGUGUGCAACCAAAACUGAAAUAUUGGUUGGAUUACCGAUAUUCGAGCAUGGAGAGAACCUCAGGAAUAUUGAUAAGAAGAUAACAGAGUGUCUGCCGAUACAAGUAUCGGUGACCGAUGAUUUGCCAAAAGUAGUCUGCGAGGAGUGUGCCUAUAAGUUGGACGACAUAAUAGAUUUUCGGGAAAAAUGUCGACAAACGGAGAGCCUCUUCAACGAAAUGCUAAAAGGCAUAAAAAACGACUCCGAGAUCAACACCAACCUAGCAAAUUGUCCAUCAGUAAUGCCUACAAUUUCCCAAACACCUCACAGUCCCGUGAGCACCACCCCAGGUAGUCUACAUACUAUGCAGGUGAUGGACGAAAUGGAUCUGGCUGGAGAUGAACAGGUGGUUAGUCAGGAGGAAAUACAGGCGCAAGAGGAGCUUGAAAUAACCGAGUUAGAUCCCCUCGAUGUGGAGACAGUUAGAAUUGUUGGAGAUCACAUCAGCCAGGAGGCAGUUGGAAUGGUUGGAGAUCAAAUUUCCAUGCACUUGGAGGGAGAAAUGACGGUCGUUGGACACUUGGGGAUCAAUUACGUUACAGCAAUUGGUACAGAUACUCCAAAUGAGGAGCAAAUCGUCCACUAUUGCAACAAUGUCAAGUUCCAGGAUGAACGAUUGAUGAAGGAGGACUACUUGGCCGACAGGUUGACAGUGGUAGCAGCCAACGUUACAAAUGACAAUUUCCCCCAGGACGAGGGUCAGGAGCUGACAAAUGGAAGUAUGACACCUGUCAUCAGCAAUAACAGUGGAGAGGCUGGUGGAAGCAACGGAGAUCAGUUGAAGAAUGGUAUUAUUAGAGAGUAUACUAAACAGAAAAAGCACAAUUUGCUGAGGAGUACUCUCAACAAUCCCACGAUCGACGAUACGGGAACAAGUUGGUACGUAUGCCCCUUCUGCAACGAAGCUGCCACAGAGCCCAACGAUCUUGCUGAACAUUUUAAGCAGCACUUUUACACCUGCAACUGUGGAGUCAUGUUCAUUAACGUCGACGACCUCAAUGACCACAAGAAGGACUGUAAGAAGAGAUCGAAGAAGGAGUCGAGUGAGAAAAUGGAGGUCAAGGAGCCAGAGGAGAAAACCACAGAAGUGUCGACAGCCAAUGAGGAAAGUGGCAAGAAGAGUCAGACUGUCAGGCCCAAGUGGACGCCCAAGGUGUGUGCCCAGUGCGGCAAGCAAUACAGAACGAAUUACAAACUCCAGGAGCACAUGAGAAAACACACUGGGGAGAAACCUUUUCAAUGUCUUCUCUGUGAUAAAGCAUUCAGAAGUAAAAUUGGUCUUGCUCAGCACACAGCCACUCACACUGGCCAGUUCGAUUACAGUUGCUCUACGUGUGGCAAGGGCUUUCAGUGCAAGAGCUAUCUUAUUGUUCAUCAGAGGGUGCACUCUGAUCUGAAGCCCUACCCCUGCACCACUUGUGGACAAAAUUUCAAAACAAAACAAUCGUUGUUGGAUCACCAGAAUCGACAUUUGGGAGUUAAGCCUUAUGUUUGUGAAAUUUGUGGGAGGGGAUUUAUCACCAAGGGACUCUGCAAGAGCCAUCAGAAAACCCAUUCGGGGACUGACAAUCGUCAGUAUCCCUGCGAGGUCUGCAAUAAAAUGUUUGUUAGUAAGAGUUAUCUCAAUACUCAUUUGAGAAUUCACACGGGGGAAAAGCCAUAUUUGUGCGAAGUAUGUGGUAAGGGCUUUCUCACACGUGUUGAUCUCAAAAUUCACUCGACAAUGCACACAGGCGAGAAGAGCUUCAAGUGUGAAGUUUGCAACAAAGUUUUUGCCAGGAGGGCUGCACUCAGGUGUCACAGACGAUCACACACUGGGGAGAGACCCUACAGGUGUGAUGUUUGUGGCAAAACUUUUACACAGUUCAGCCCAAUGGCUAUCCACAAGAGACUUCACACGGGGGAACGUCCUUACGAGUGUGAUGGCUGUGGAAAGGCGUUUGUCUCUAGGUCGACCAUGAUGACUCACAAGAAGAAACAUCAUUUGACAGCCCCAGGGGUUGAUAAGAAUGUCAGUGAAAGUAUCAAUAUCGUUGUGAGAGAAACACAUGAGGGCAUUGCCAUUGGCAAUUGACUACGCGACGUGAUAUUGGGGUGCAUUUAAACAUUUUGAGGUUACUCUGCUUACUGGAACAGGCUCGUAAUCAGCAUACUAAUUUUCCUUUUCUAUGGAAUUAUUAUGUCAUAAUGUUAAACAUUUGUAAGAUUUUGAUUCAUAAAUUAUUUGAAAAUU